AUGGGCCAGGUUCCAAAGCUUCUACUACACAGGCUCUUUCCCAAUGUUCGUUUUUCUUUAUGGAUUGAUGGAAAGCUUCAGCUUGUUGUGGACCCAUAUCAGAUUCUUGAGAGGUUCUUGUGGCGCCAAAAUGCUACUUUCGCUAUAUCAAGACACUACACACGCUUCGAUGUGUUUGAAGAAGCUGAGGCUAAUAAAGCUGGAGGGAAAUACGACAAUGCUUCCAUUGAUUACCAGAUCGAUUUUUAUAAAAAGGAGGGUUUGACACCGUAUUCUGCAUCUAAGCUUCCAAUAACUAGUGGUAGGCCCAUGCCAUGUGUUUACGAGUGUGUUUUUGGCAUGUGUCUGCAACUCAAAAUUAACUUUUUCUUUAACCGAGUUUUUGCAGAUGUACCUGAAGGAUGCGUUAUUAUAAGAGAACACAUACCCAUUACAAAUCUGUUCACCUGCCUAUGGUUCAAUGAAAUUGAUCGUUUUACUUCCAGGGAUCAAUUAAGCUUUUCCACAGUAAGGGACAAAAUAAUGGCUAAAGUCAACUGGACCAUCAAUAUGUUUUUGGAUUGUGAAAGGCGGAAUAUUGUGGUUCAGGCAUACCACAGAGAUUUAUUGGAGCAAAGGACUCGUUUAGCUGGUUCCAUAAGUCAUCCUCCAUCACGACCACCACCACCACUACCUUUGGUUCGUAAUAAUAAUCUGGCUGUUAGAACUCCAGCGAAGAAAAAUCCCAUUAGACGUGGAAGAGGAGAUAAGAAAUCUGGUGCAAGGCGACAUCGCAAAGUUGCUGCUGGUAAUAGGGACCACAUUUUAGUUUGA